UUUAUCAUUGCAACUGAAAGGUCAAAUUGAAAAACAAAUAGCAAGACCUAUUGGUUAAAGGAAAGCUAUAGAUCCUGAGGAUGCUGAAAAUUACUUGGAAAGUUAACAGAAAAAGUUAUGUUGUAGAUACCAAUCACAGGUUUGAAAAUAGGAGGUCUGUUUUUCUUGUUAGUAUGAUAAAGCUUUGUUUUAUAGCUAAGUUCAAAAUGAAAUGUCACAUGUUCUGUUUUUCUUUGUCCACCCUCCACGGAGUCUCCUUCCUUCCCAGUAUUGAUGAUGAGAAAUAUCUUGUAUAGUACAGAUUUCCAUGCAGGAGAAUCUGAAUGCCCUCCAAAGUAUAUUUAUACAGAUUCACUCAACUAUAACUCACUCAGAGUCAGAAAGCGUGACAGCCAGAGGGACAAGCGGCAGCCAAGGUAGAGAGAGGAGAUGCGUGAUAAAAUGAGGAAGUGGAGGGAAGAAAACUAUCGGAACAGUGAACAGAUAGUGGAAGUUGGAGGAGAAUUAAUUAACGAAUAUGCAUCCAAGCUUGGGGAUGACAUUUGGAUAAUAUAUGAACAAGUGAUGAUUGCUGCUCUGGACUGUAGUCGGGAUGACUUGGCAUUGUUUUGUCUUCAAGAGCUAAGACGACAGUUCCCUGGAAGCCACAGAGUUAAGCGAUUAACUGGCAUGCGAUUUGAAUACAUGGAAAGGUAUGAUGAUGCCAUCCAGCUAUAUGACAGAAUUUUACAAGAAGAUUCAACCAAUACAGCAACAAGAAAGCGUAAGAUUGCCAUUCGAAAAGCCCAGGGGAAAAAUGUUGAGGCCAUCCGAGAGCUGAAUGAGUAUCUGGAACAAUUUGUUGGGGACCAAGAAGCUUGGCAUGAACUUGCAGAACUUUACAUCAAUGAACAUGAUUUGUUUCUGUUUUUGAUGUUCCUCAGCUAUGCAAAGGCGGCCUUCUGUUUGGAGGAGCUUAUGAUGACUAAUCCACACAACCACUUAUAUUGUCAGCAAUUUGCUGAAGUUAAAUAUACCCAAGGUGGGCUUGAGAACCUUGAACUAGCAAGAAAGUAUUUUGCGCAAGCGUUGAAACUGAAUAACAGAAACAUGAGAGCUUUAUUUGGACUAUAUAUGUCUGCGAGCCAUAUUGCUUCUAAUCCCAAAGCAAGCGCAAAAAUGAAAAAGGACAAUAUGAAGUAUGCCACUUGGGCAGCUAACCAAAUCAAUAGAGCUUACCAGUUUGCAGGUCGAAGUAAGAAAGAGACUAAGUACUCUCUGAAGGCAGUAGAAGACAUGUUGGAAACCCUGCAAAUCACUCAAUCUUAGGGUAUCAGAAAGAGAUGUAAUAUUAGAUUUUACAACUCUGUUUUAACCUUCAAUGACUUAUGAGUUGUGUUACUUUAAAUGUCUAAUUCCAAUGUUAAUUAGUAUAAAAUAAUGUUUUAUAGAAAUUGAAAUGUCUAUUUAUUUCUGUUGUGAAGAAGACAUGAUGAAAACUCACUGAAAUGUAUAACUUAUCCCAGGAAAUGUAUAACUUAUCCCAGGCAGACAAUAAAGAAAUUAAAUGUAUUAGAUCCUAUAUGUAUAGUAACUGCUUUUUAAGCCAUAACAUGAUAUAGAAAUAAAUUCAUUAAAUGAUAACGUACAGUGA